AUGGCUCGCCCAACUCCCGGGCCUCUUACUUUUGUACAAGACUCAGAGCGUUCUCGCUUCUUAAAACCGUCCCGGAAUAAGGUCACGGAUUACCAGAUUGGGAUAUCCGGUCAGCCUGAGUCGAAUUCCAUGCGAACCAUGCCGGAGAGGGUGCUAAUGUACUAUACAUGGGCUGUACAACACAUACAAGACAUGUGCCUCCCCUGGGCAAAUACCAUGCUCAGCGACAGUUUCUUGCUUGUGCUUUGCACCCACCCUGGCGAACACAAAAUCCAUCCCGAGCCGGUGUUGCCCCCUUGGGACUGGCGGCUUGGCCUGUGUUUUGACCUCCUGCUAGCGGCUUCGUGGGCGGGUGGAUCGUAGUCUAAAUGGUUCCGGAAAUCCAUAUUUGUGACUGAGUGGGUAGCGAGCCCGCCCCCAAACCUUCUUUGUCCAAUUUGUCUCCUUUUGUUCUCGCUUACUUUACAGACCACUGUCAAAACGCCCUUUUAAAGAUUCGUCUUUGUGUUGCUAUCUCCCUACUCUACUACUAUCGAAUUGGGGGAGUCGCUUCAGAAGUAUGGAUGGGUCCAUUUGGCUGAUACACUGAGAAAAGCCGUACAAUCCACGGGCAAAUUUCUCAACCUACGGGGUAUUCAGAAGGAGGAACGUAUCAAGAGGGGACUUUUGAGGAAGAGAAUCGCUGGGGAAUCCUUCAAAUUGGGGAAAGAAGAACGGCAGGAAUGGCUCGAAGUAAGACAAACGCACAGACAUCUGGGGGGAGAUGUGCCAAGAAAAUGCAAACAAGUCAGCCAGCCCAGCCUGCACGCAAGGCGAAGACAGAGGAAAACUACUCCGUACUUUGGUUUUUCUUGCUUUUGAAUUCCAGCCUUGUCUUCGUUUCCUCGGAUCUAGGCAUGGCAUCAUCAACAUUUUUAACUCAAUGUCCGACGCUUAGCAAUCGCGGGGGUUGGGCUGUUACAUUAUUUCUUGCUAUCUUUGAGUUCCACUCCCCGUCGAUUUUGUCGUGAUUCCGGCUCUCUCAGGGAACGAAGUGAGAACAGAAGUAGUUCCACAUUUUCGGAGGCUCGAACAUGGUAAGUGCACAGGUCAUUGUUUCUCUUCACUCCCCUUAUUCUCCUCGAUCCGUCGCCCAAAGAUACUCCUAAAACGUGCCUGUACAGCGUCUAUCGAAGAUAGAGUGAGGAAAGGUGCAAACGAGGGGACCUGAGAGACAGAUAGAUACAUCAUCUCAACCACCAAUGUGCCACCCACAGUGCAACAGCUGGUGUGCGAAAUUCGAGGAUGUGCUAAAGUUAUUGGCGUAAAUUACCUUUGGUCAGCGGUCGAACACUGUGAGAAUUGGUUUGCGGUUAGGAUAAGCGAAGCGAGGUGAAUGAAAGCUAAAAUCAUACACAGUAGAGAUCAUUAUUCUGUUUCCAUAUCCGCCAUUCCGUCACACCACUUAUUACUCAUCCUGAGUUGAAGAUUUAAAGUUUUGCAGAUGGAGCGGCAAAUCAGAUACAGCCUACACGUGCCUUCGUUAGCCCCACUACUCCUUGUAGUUGGUGUGUUUAAAACAACUCUUUACAGAAAAUAUCAGUAUUAUUUGAAUAUAAUAUAAUAAAUUUG